AUGGCUGUGUUUUCGGUUCUACGGGUCGCUCUCCUGGUGCUCUCGUUGCACCUAGUACUGAUUAGCUCCCGGGUCAUCGUCAGAGACAACGGCGACAUACGUAUCAUCGCUGUGUCGGACACGCACGGCAGGGAGUUCCUGCCGGAUGAGAUUCCAAAGGGAGACAUCUUCAUUUUCGCCGGCGACGCCGUCCAGAUCGCUCAGGACGAUGCUCCCGCAAAAGAGACCCAAGAAGCGAUGGAACUGAGGAAGAAGAACCAUGCCCAAAAAGAGAUGGAACGAGCUCUCAAGGCCAUCAAGCACACGCAGCAGCUACCCCAUCCGAUCAAGAUCUUCGUGCCGGGCAACCAUGACAUUUUCGUGGACGAAGUCAUGAAUGACCUGUGGAAAAAGAACCUGGGCGACAAGAUAUGGAACAACAACGUAUUAGGGAAGCCGGAGGUCCGCAACCUAUUCGCCAACGGCUCCGAGUUCGACAAGCUUCGCAAGGAUAUCAGGGACGCGUACAAAACUCAGAGAGUUAAAGUUGAUGGGAAAGAUACGCAAUGGAUUCUUCUACUGCAUGAGACCGUGACGGUAGAGGUCAACGGCGAGAAGCUCAAGAUCUUCGGCACGCCAUUCAGCCAGGGGCGGAGAAUUCCCACCAGCGGUUUCACGUACAAGGAGGACGAUACCGCCCUCUGGGAGAAAAUCGAGAAGGGGACAGAUAUCGUGAUUAGCCACCAGUGCCCGAAGGACGACAUGACCCGACUCGAUACAAAUGAUGAAUAUGUUUUGGAUCGGGACAAUAUCGGCAAGGCGGGAGGACCAGCGCUUCUUACAGAGGCGAUCCUUGAGAACAAGGUGCAACUCGUCGUCUGUGGGCAUCUCCAUGCCCCCGGUUCACAUUACCACGUACUCAAAGGCGACUCGGACGUCAAAGACGAUGACAAGACGUAUAUGCUCAACACCGCUGUCAAGUACAAUACAGAGAACUGGGACGACGACGUAAAGCUCCAAGGUAUGGGGGGCGACCUCUGGACACCCAGGGCGCCUUCAGUCGUGGAAUACAACCUUAAGAAACACACCGUCAACCAAAUCACCACCGGUAUGAACGGGUUGCCCCCAUUCCCGUGGUGGACCGCCACCUUCCAGAAGCCCAAGGAAGAGAAGUUUAAGGGUGUAAAGGACAUAUCGAAUAAGCCAAUUCAUGAGUGGGUGGAUGCAGACUGGUUCGAUGCCACGUUCAAAUUGUGGAAGCAGAAGCAGCCAACGGACCAAAAGGUCAGGGAGGAGGACAUCAAGAACUUCCUUGCCAGGGCCAAGAAGGAAAGAGACACCAGGGCAGAAGCGAUUGAGAAGGCGUAUGGUGAUGGAUGGGGGCCCUCUUACUUUGAGCCUUCUUGA